UGAACCCAACUCAGAAAAAGUUGUACAGGGAUGUGAUGCUGGAGAACUACAAGAAUUUGGUCUCUUUGGGAUUUGAAGUUUCAAAACCUGAUGUGAUCUACCAGUUGGAAAGAAAGGAAGCAUCUUGGAUGCUAGAAGCAGAUGUUCUAAGAAGCCCUUAUCCAGAGAGCAAAGAAUUUACUGAAGAAAAGCCAUACAAAUGUAGUGAAUGUGGAAAGGCCUUCAAGAAUAAGACACAACUUAUUGUGCAUCAGAGAAUUCAUACUGGAAAGAUUUUUCGUGAAUGUAAGGAGUGUGGGAAGGAAUUCCAUCGCAACUCGGAUCUUAUUAAACAUCAAAGAAUUCAUACUGGAGAAAAACCUUAUGAAUGUACUGAAUGUGGGAAGACCUUUAGGAUGAAGGCAUAUCUUAUUGUGCAUCAGAGAAUUCAUACUGGAGAGAAACCUUUUGAAUGUUGUGAAUGUGGAAAGGCUUUUAGCAUGAAGGCAUAUCUUAUUGUGCAUCAGAGAAUUCAUACUGGAGAGAAACCUUAUGAAUGUAGUCAAUGUGGAAAGGCCUUCAGAAGAAAGCCACAUCUUAAUGAGCAUCAAAGAAUUCAUACUGGAGAGAAACCUUUUAAAUGUGCUGAAUGUGGGAAGGCUUUCAGAAUGAAGGCAUACCUUAUUGUGCAUCAGAGAAUUCAUACUGGAGAGAUUCUUUUUGAAUGUAAGGAGUGUGGGAAAGCUUUCCACAAAAACUCAGGACUGAUACGACAUCAAAGAAUUCAUACUGAAGAGAAACCAUAUGAAUGGAGUGAAUAUGGGAAGACCGUGGGGAGGAAGGCACAAUUAACUUUGCAUCAUAGCAUUCAUACUGGAGAGAGACCUUAUGAAUGUAAUGAAUGUGGGAAGGCCUUCAGAAGGAAGGUGUAUCUUAUUGAGCAUCAGAGAAUUCAUACUGGAGAGAAACCUUAUGAAUGUAAUGAUUGUGGGAAGGCCUUCAGGAUGAAGGCAUAUCUUAUUGUGCAUAAGAGGAUUCAUACUGGAGAGAUUCUUUAUGAAUGUAAGGAAUGUGGGAAGGCCUUUGAUCGCAACUCAGAUCUUAUUCAGCAUCAAAGAAUUCAUACUGGUGAGAAACCUUAUGAAUGUAAGGAGUGUAGAAAGGCCUUCAGGAGAAAGUCAAAGCUUACUGAGCAUCAAAGAAUUCAUACUGGAGAGAAACCUUAUGAGUGUAAUGUAUGUGGGAAGGCCUUUAGGCAGAGGACACAACUUUAUGUCCAUCUGAGAAUUCAUACUGGAGAGAUUCCUCAUGGAUGUAAGGAAUGUGGAAAGGCUUUUGUCUACAACUCAGAACUCAUUAAACAUCAAAGAAUUCAUACUGGAGAGAAACCUUAUGAAUGUAAUGAAUGUGGAAAGGCUUUCAGGAAGAAGUCGUAUCUUACUCUGCAUCAGAGAGUUCAUACUGGAGAGAUUUUUUAUGAAUGUAAGGAGUGUGGAAAGUCUUGUCUGUACAACUCAGACCUUAUUGUACAUCAAAGAAUUCAUACUGGUGAGAGACCUUAUGAAUGUAAUGAAUGUGGAAAGUCUUUCAAACAGAGAACACAGCUUACUCAACAUCAGAGUAUCCAUACUAGAGAAAGACCUUAUGAAUGUAAAGAAUGUGAGAAGACCUUCAAACUGAGGACACAUCUUGCUCAACAUCAAAGAAUUCAUUCUCAAACAAAGUCUUGA